AUGGAUUGCGACAAGGAUAAGUCAGCUGAUAAUGACACUGAGAAAAAAGAGGCCUGCUCUUCAUGUGAAUUAAGCCAGGAAACUAAAGAGUUGUGCGGACAAAUAGGACGAUGUUUGGCACGAAUCGGAGAUACAUUAAAUAGCCAGUUACGACUGACAAGAAAUGGACACAACCUUCGACAAAACUGUCGAGAUCGCGAAAGACUGAACGAUGAUGAAACGAGACUGCGGACGGGGAUAAAUAAACUUCCGUAAUCACCGGAAGGUUUUUAACAAUCGAUUUGCGGUACUCGAAUGAAUCUAUUCCAAACACUAAAGGAAUUAUACGUGUAAAUCCAGACGGAGUUUAAUGUACUUUUUUUUUUAGAUGAUUUAAUAUUCCAUGACAUUAUUAGCUACAAGCUUUGUACAUUUCGCGACGUCGAUGUUAAACGGAGGAGAGAGAGAUACAGAAUUACGGAUUGUUUUAUAUAAAGAAUAUCCAGCCUAGGCAUCAUGUAAAUAUUUUUUUGACAACAGUAGCAGCAUAACAAAUAAAAUCAGCUGAUGUAAAGCAAUAUUUUGGUACUUAGUUACCAUGGUUGCUCAUUGUUCUUCUUCCAGAGAAAAUUACCACAAUGGUGCUGAAGUCGGAAAAACAAUGUAAAAAGUGGAACAAUAGUUCAUUGUGCUGUGUGCAAAAUGAAUGACUUCUUUGUUUAUAAUGACAACUUAUAUGUACCACAAGAUAAACGCUUUCAGGGCGAUUCGAACAGUUUUUUUUUUCACAUUCAUUUUUUAAAGUGUAGGGGAAAACCCUGGAGACAGCCUCAAUAAAAACUCUCCUGCUAUCACCGCCAUGACCUUGAAUAAUGAACCUUUGAAGUGGACUACGCGGAAUGAUUUCGCCUUUUCUUUCAAUACACUAUGACAAAUUUGAUUAAAAAUGUUUUGACGAGCAAAGUAGAACAGGGAAACCUUUGUUCUCUAUAUGCUCCGUUCAGACAAGCCUUGUGCCGCGAACAACGUAUUGUAUAACAUACCCUGCGGCUUUAUCAGCAUUGUGCUAAUUUUUGGAGGCAUCAGUUUCCUCAUGUAUUAUUAUUAUUAUUAGUUUAUGAAAUCUAAACUUACGCCAAAGGUCUGUUUGGCAACUUGAAAACUUCUCAAAGAAAUAUUUGCCUCAAAUUAGCUUUAAUCAGGUCGGUUUGCUAUAAACUGUUACAUAAUAUCGCCCAAAGAAUUUUAAAAUCCACCUUGCAAAAACUGACCCUCUUCUAAUAUCAAAGCUCUUCAUUGCGAUGAUUCCAACCCAUUCAUGAUGAACUCGUGAUUAUUAAACACAGUAUCUGUAUCAAUAUCACGAGUUGUUUUUGUGUUCACGAGCUGAGACGGUAAUAAAGGGAAAUACUGAAAUAAACAAACUGUGACUCCAGAUCUAAACAGUUAGCCUUUCUUUUUAGACUAUUACUGUUUAACAGCGAUCUCAUUUCAGUGAAAACUAAACACGAACAGCGUCAUUUGGAAAAGAAUUAGGAUUUGCUGCAUGUUGAUAAACAAUCUAAAAUCAAGACAAUGACUUUGCACUCAAGUGACGCACACAUGCAAUAUCCGUUAAACAACUCACAAAAAUACUGUAAGCCGUGCACCCAAAAUUAUCAGAUCUUGAGCCUGCGAACCCACGAAAUUUUCACUUUUGAGAUUUGGCAACAGGUCACCCCUUUCGCUUCGAAUACGUUUGAACAGUGUAAACAUGUUGGCUCGCAGAAUAGGGUCAAGAUAUUCGUUUUCAAAAAGAAGGAGAGUUUCACAACAGAGAAAAAUAAAGUAACAAAAUAAAAAAUAUGCGCUGAUUGGCGUUCACCUCUCGCGAGGCUCUGGUUCGUGAAAGGAAAGUUUCAUAUGAAUAGAUUUUGGUUAAAGAAGCGAAAAUUAAAAGAAUUGUAAACUGUAUUUAUAAAGAUAAAGUACCUUCAAGUAGAGCAGUUUUAAACAGGCCGAGUAUUGAUUACCUGCACUGAACAAUUAAUGUGAAACGCCAAACUUACAAAUGCAAAAUCAGGUAGCUAGCUUGCUCUGAGGGGACGACUGAGGAGGGUCAUUAGUUGUUACUGAACCGCUCCAGAACUAGAGCCCGCUAAAGAUGAUCAAGGCAUGCUCAAGAAAGAUCAGUUCUUUCUGUAAAGCUGUUAUGAGAAAUCAAAAAAUAUUGCUGCAAAAUAGGCCGUGGUGUUGCCUAAAUGAGAUAAAAUUGCACCCAGUCUUAAAUGAGAAGUAAUAAAUAUAAUGAUACGAUAAUUAACAUUUAUAUGGCGCUGUUUUCUACUAAUUGUUCAAAGCGCUCAAAGGCGGCAUCAAUAAUCUAUUUAUGUUUUGAACAAUGAACGUCUUCCGGCUAAUCUUUUUUUUGUUAUAAGUCUUCUGACCAAGUUUUCGGAGAGAAAAUAAAAGAACGUCUUUAAAAGCUGCCUCAGUUAAACCUUUCUUCUCGUGGAUAUCAGACCAAACUUAAAGGAGCUUAAAACAGCGACGGCAAUGGUGGUAAAAACGUCACCGAAAAAGUGAAUUCUGGCUGUUUCAAACUUCAUCGCCUUGAUUCCAACUCUUUUAAUGCGUCAAAUGUUGUGAUUCUUUCAGGAGUUGAAUCCCGAAGGACUGUAUCUAAGUUCACAAAACGAAAAGGAAAAUCGUUGCUUUAUGUGUUCACGUCCUCCAUAAAACGUGAAAUUAAGAAGUUUCGGCAAAAAAAUGUGCAAAAAAACGUGACGCAGGUGCAAAGUUGCUGUUUUGUCAAUUUACUCUAUUGCUUGGUUUUGCCCUUCUCUUUGCCGUCGCCGUCAUUGCUUAAGCUCCCAUUAGACUUCACCAAGACUGAGAACAUAUUAGCCUUUUAUGUUGGGACUUUUAUAUAAUUAUGUACUCUUGACUUCUCUUAUUGAACUAUUCCACGUAACAACCGACUGUAGUCAAACUGUAGUCAUCAUCUUGUAUCACAAGACCUUCGCAAAAUUUUCCAUGAUUAGAUCGGAUUUGUCAUGAGUUAGAUUUUAGGCGACUUCUGUUAACAUUGCAGCUCAUUUCACACCUCUCAGCGUUCGCUGGAUCACAUCUCUCCACUACAAGUUAACCAUGCAUUUCUUAUGAGCCAAUCGUUAACAUUUUGGCCAAUUCAAGCCAUCGUUCAAACCCUAUCCAGAUUCUUUUUUCCUUAUAUCAAAAUACAGAAACGUUGACAUUUGCUUUUCUGCUAAUGUAAUAUUGACAAGUGAAAAAGUUUUGUUCAUUUUUAUUUAGUGGUCUCUGGUUAAGCUGGGCGCUACUCAAACGUUUGAAAGAAUAUAAGAAUACUAACUAUGCUGGCGUGGCUCCAUAUUACGGUGAUACACGUGUUUCCUGCGCGUCUGAUAACACAUGGAAAUAACUAUGUAUUCACCGUGAGGUUAAUCUCGUGCUAAAAGCACACGCCUAUACUCGCCCUAAUACUUCUCUUUACUGAAAUACCAGAUUUUAAAAACACACUAAUAUUUCUUUUCCAAAUGGUAAUAGCUCACUGGAAAUUUUUCAAAGUUCCUCUCUCUAUGAUACUGAAAUAACAUGCACGAGAGUAAAAUAACUUAAUUGGCGAAAGUCAGUUGGAAAACUUUUCAGUCAAUCAUGUUCAAACUGUAGAAGUUCAUUCACUGAUUUAAACGUUCUUACGUAAUCAAUAAUCAAAUGGUACAGAAAUUUUCUUCUUCAAAUCACCUUUGUUCUCUUCAAACAAGCAUAUCAGAACAACAAUAGAUAAGAGCAAAAAUCUGUAUAAAAUUUGUUAAACUCGUUUUACGCUAAGCCAGCAUCAAAUCUCACACACACCAAUUAUCUUCCUCAUUCACUAUUAAAAUGUUUAGAAAUGGUAAAAUUUAAAUCAUUAAGUUGUCAUCUGUUGAAAGUUGUGAAUAUACAAAAAACUGCAACUACUCAACGUGUAGUGUUUGUGCAUAAUUACAGAAGUUGCCAACUUCUCAAAAAUGUAUUUUUUCUUACUUAAACAUUUUUCUGAAAGCAUAUUGCUAACUCCCUUUAAUUUGCCAUUUUUUCUCUGAACAUGGCGCAAGUCCUCAUUCUACCAAGUUUAUUUUCAUGAAUCUACAGGUUUUUCUAUAAGCUCAUUCAUAUUUAAACUCGUACAGUACUGAUUCAUAUUACGAUUAGAAAUCUUUCAAGUAAUUCACUUCGUAAAAAAUGUAACGUUCCCAUUUUUUCAUUUGAAUAAAGACACAAUUUUAUCGAACACAAAAGUAAUGAAGUAGUUUUUUGCGUGAGUAAAAUCUCUCUGUAUUUUUUGUCUGUCUACCAUAUAUAAUCCGUUUUAGCGACGCUUGAUCGACUGGAUAGCAAAUUUUAAAGUGAAUUAGACCAAUCUUUUUCAGAUUUUUCUUUCCAAUUAUUGCGAUUCAUCACUAUUCUCACAUUUAUAAUUGGUUUUAUUUUGUGUUUUGUUACUCUAUAAAUUUCCCUUCUUCUUGCGCUGUGCAAUUAUUUCACUUGACAAUGAAUGUCAGUGAAUUGAAUAGUGAAUGAGAAAUCUAAAUCUAAGCGUUUCAGGUUUGGAUCCCCUCGGUUCGACUUUGAUUACGUAACAAUUGCUCAUUUUGUAACAAUUGCUCUUUAGUUACAUUCCUCGGUUUUUCUUUACUUAAUUUUGCUUGUUUUAUGGUAGGUAUUUUGUCUAAUGGUAUGUCGAUAUUAGACGCUUUCUUUUAGAAGCUUUCUGACUGUCAGAAGUAAACAGAUCAGUUUAUUUUAUCAACGGAAAUUCUAACCUGGAAAUAGACUUUUUUGAAAGCCCGUAGUGCUGGGUCAUCAGUCAGUAAAGAAAACAUUUUUUCUUUUAUUCUUUUCGAGCACCUUAGUAGAGAAUUUUCUUCUUUUAUGUUGAGAGGGCAAAAACAACAAUUUUUUUACCUUUUUUUACCUGGAAAACGUAAUAAAUGUAGCAUCUUUAAAACAUUUGAAUAGGAAUUAAUAAGAAAAUAAGGAUUAAUUUCCACAUGAAAAAAGUGAAAUGCAAGUUACGUACUCUAGCUGCUGUAAUAAUCUGACGAAGUAUCGAUUAAGAUAGUGAACAUUUUGUUCUUAAUCAGAAGAAAUUAUUCACGAUUAAUUUCUGAGUAAUAGCCUCCAUUUACAAAUUUUCGUUUGAUGGCGGAUUAGAUGUAACUAAAGCAUUUCAACAUUGGACACUUUCCUUGUCCUGACACAGUUAGUGGUCGUACCUUGUACCAACGUUAUAACAGUUUCAAGAAGAUAUAAGGCUCCAGGAAAUCCACUGCUCUGAGGAUGAGUACCAAUAAAAAAUUAGCCAGUUUUUGUUGUGGUAGCAGACCACUGUUCGAAUUCAGGGACCUUAUACAGACUAUUCGGUCAAUUUCAUGUCAUCAGCGUAUUUGUGUUGAUCCGGAAUAUUAAAAAAACCGCAAGGAGUCGAAAGUUCAAAUGAUAUUUUGAGACCAUGGUGAGAAUUCGCCCGUCAGAAUUUGCGUGGAUUGAACGGAACUAUCGUAUCGGCCUGCGUAUCGGCGACACGAGUUUGAGCCGCGCCCUCAAUCUACGAACUAUGACCGUUCCACAGUUAUGUCAAUGAUUACAGUGUAACCAUUUCAUUGGUAUUCAGGAUCAUUUUUUUCACUCGAAAAAGAAAGUUUAAUAAAAACAGCUAUAUACCUACUGAUGUCCCUAAAGUCAAGUACUACAGAAAAGUCGUUUUUGUACAUAUUUAAAAGGUGUUUCAUUCAAUGAACGAUUUAAGGCCAUGACGUAGUCCAUAACAGAUACUAUCGGUCUCCUCUUUCCUUUAGGAAGUCAUUCACAUGAAACCUCUUCCACAGCACUUUCACAUGAUACUAUUCAUUUACUUUGUAUGUAGUCUGAGUCUAACUUUUGAAUCUGUGGAUUAAAUCUUAUGAUAUGACCAUUCAAAUGAAACCUCUUAGCAGCACUUUCACAUGAUACUAUAUAUUAACUUUGUAGUCUGAGUCUAACUUUUGAAUCGGUGGAUUAAAUCUUAUGGUAUUACCAUUCAAAUGAAACCUCGUUAACAGUACUUUCACAUGAAACUAUUUAUUUACCUAGUUUAAUGUCGGUCUAACUUUUGAGUAGUCUAACGUUUUAGUCUGUGGAGAAAGUUCUAUGGUGUGACCAUCGUAAUGUACUUCCUCGUGGUACUAUCAACUGAUCUAGUUUGUGAUUCUAGAACUAUGAUCUAAAAUCCAAUGGAGGCCUAUCGAGUUACCAAUGGUACUAUUAAUUUAACAGCAUUAAACAAAGCGAAAUUUGACACUGAUUUUGUUUCAAUUCAUUCUUUCAGCGUUUGUCACAAUGAAGAAGCGAAAGGGUAAAAAUCUAUGUUCUUGAUGACCUAUUUGAAAUUAUGUGUUCCCAAACAAACUUUACUCCGCUUUCAAACCUAACGUCCCUCCAAAAGGCAGGCGAAGUUUUUGUCACUACUUUGAUGUAUUCUCUGAUUGCAAUUCUUCUUCGCGUUUGAGUUUUUUUCUCCAUUUUUAAUCACAUUACACGAAAAGUGAAUUGAAGUUUUUCUUUCUGCUAGGGUAUUUUCUGUAGAUACGUGUAAUUAUGUGACUAUAAUGACUGAAUUUCUCCUUUAAAUUCAUUUUCUGGCCGUUGACGCUAACUUUUUCAACUGCUAUUUUUGCUGCACACACAGGUCUGUAAGGAUGUGGAGGAAUAGUGAAACCCUGCCCACUAGUUUAGAGUGAUUUUACUAAACCCUUGAAACAGUAUGUAACAAUUAGUGCCAAAUAGUUACAAGUAAACAAAAAAAGCAAUAAAUUUGUAUAGAUAAUAGCAUGAUUAGUAAUGAUGUUUGGAAUAAAUACCACGAGGGAUUUUUCGACAUUUGUCUACGUACCGGUAUACGUUGUGGUUCAGGAGAGAACUUACUUAAAUAUACGUUUUUCAUUGAAUCAAACAUGUCUGAUUUUACUUUAUUCCUGAUGAGCUCGAAUAAGCUUAGCCUACCCACAAUUUUCCAUACCCUUCAACGUAACAAAUGCAUUAUAAGGAAGCUUAAGCAUCAACGACGGCGACAGCCGGGAAAACUUUCCUUAAAGUGAAUUCGCGCUGCUUCAAACUUUGUCGCGCUUAUUCUAUCUUGUUCAAUUCGUCAAAUGUGGGCGAAUUUUUCUGACGUUGAAUUCUAAAUGAAUUCUAAAUUCUACUGAAGUUGAAUAAAAAAAAGGAAGUCGUUGUCCUGUGUUCACGUCCUCCACAAAACGUGAAAUUCGGCACCUUCACGUCGUAGUCGUGCAACAACGGCAAAAAAAUGUACAAAAAAACGUGAUGCUCUAAACCUAUUACAUUGUUUUCAGUGCCGUUCUCGUUGCCGUCGCCGUCGUCGUUGUUACUAGGGAGUUUUAGCAUCGGCGACAGCGACGGCAGCGAAAACGUCACUUUUAAAACGUCACUUUUUUCGCUUUUAUUCCAAUUCGCUGAAAAUGUCUAAAGUAGGCAAAUUUCUCUAGAGUUGAUUUCUUGGGGACCGCAUUCAAGUUAGGAAAGAUAGAGAAAGAAAAUUUCGUCGUCGCUUGGUUACGUCCUCCAUAAAACGUGAAAUUAGGCAUUUUCACGUCGUAGUCGUGCAGUGACGGCUAAGAAAUGUAAAGAAAAGCGUGAUGCACGUGCAAAGUUGUUGUUUUGCUUAAUAAACCUAUUGCUCUUUUGACGGUCCCGCUACCGUCGCCGUCGUCGUUGCCAAAACUCCCUACUAACAGUUCUCUUGGUCAUAGGAUACCUCUCUCCUCUUCAUAGGCCUCUUUGUGUCGUUGGGUGAUUGGGGAGGGAGAAAAACAAAGCGCUCGAGGGACGAUAGGAAGGAAAAGCAGUGGUACCGCCUUUCCUCCUUCUCAUCGUCCACCCCGCGUUUUGCUAUUUUUAUUGGAAUACCCAGCGGGGGCCUGUGCGGUGGAGAGAGAUAAGGUACCGAAAAAAAUAGAAUUCCCAAGGUCAUGUUCUUCUUCGCGUCUGUAUUGAUCCUGAGUAUUUGACUUUAUUUUCAAAAACAAGUUUCAAGCUGGGAGGCUAAAUAGUCAUGCCCAAGUCUAUGGUUUUCUGAAGGGACACGUAAAACGACCUAAGAAAUCGAAAGAGCCUGUUAAGACCGACAAUAGGAAUUUUUUUUUCUUAUUAGUCCAGAGGAAUGAGGCAAUUGGAAGGCGAUAUUCAUUCUUCCUGUCACGCGCACACGAUUUUCCAAGAAAUUUCGCCAAAAAGAGAGGUUCAAAAAUUUCAGCGUUAAAGUUAGGAACGAAUCGACUGCAAUUUUUAAUUGUGUGAUCUCUUAACGAAGACAAAAAUGAUGUAAAAAUAUAUGAAAGAACUUGAGAAGGAUCUUUUUUAGUCAAUGCAAUGACAGCUUCAGAAGACUCGUGAAAUAAAAGAAUUCCAAGUUUCCCAACAGGCGUUGAACCUAUGACUUUUUCCGUUACUAUCCCAGAUAUACGAUUCUCUACCUUUGAGCUACAAAAGACUUGUGGAAGCCUAUACCUUUAAACUACGUUUAAGUGAGAAAAAUCCUGCAUACUGUGGCUUGAUAUAGGCUGACAUCACGUCCGUAAUGAAUGUGAUACAUAAUCGAUUUUAACCCUUUAAUCCCUAAGAAGGAUCAGCACAAAAUUUCUCCUUGUAAUAUCAAUGCUUUGUGAAACAGAGUGGUCAUGAGAAUUACGGACAUGACCACACAAGAUGAAUUUGCUUGAUAUUUUAUUAACUUCUCCCCACUACCUCUGCAGGAAAUGAAUAGGGGCAACAAAUGAGAAUUCAAAUUUUGAUCUUAGGGUUUAAAGAGUUAGGUCUAGUGAAUAUAUGAAAGUUCAAACUUUUGCGGUAGAGCCACUCGCCUGCCGGCGGGUCUUGGUUUCAUUUGAGCUUUGAGCAUUUUGAUGUAAUUACUAUGAUGUAAAGUAGUGAAGACGGUGGAAAUUACGGUUGUUGUCGAUUUGUUAAAUGGAUAGCAACGAUGGAAAUAGAUACAAGGUCUGGCAGAUGUUUUCACUUGUUGUAGAUGAUUAACUGGCACUACAUGGUUAUUACCGCGUGAAUCACUUGACUCCUGAGUAAGAUGGUCGGUCGCACUAUGUAGCUUACUAACCUGACAGUAAAAUCGGUCCAACAACGAGCACAUAACAAGCUUGACCAGAGUAAAUUAAGCGCAUAUUACGAACAUACAUGAUUUCUUUAAUUUGUCCGCGCUCGCCUGCGUAACUGGCCGGAUUACCGAGCACGAAAAUCCCUCGCGGCUCCACCGCCAACAAUCUCGCUAGUUACGGAGGCUUUGUUCGCGCCCGCAAGUCUCGCCACGACAACUUGCUGUCCCGACUGACUUAAAAAGACCCGCUAGUAGUCAAAAGUCAUAUUCAACAAAUACGUGAAAUCCUUGUAUACCAAUCAAGUGCUGACUCCCAACCAUUAUCUCAUGACUGACUUUCUUAGUUCUGCCAGUCCAAAGACAGAUGUUUAUGCUCUAAGAACUAAAUAAAAUGUUGAAACUUACAGUCAGAUUCGACGUCGUGGUCGGGUUGUAAGAAAUCAAUUGGCCUAAACUAUUCCAUGGCGCUCCACAACGAAUAAUUUCUAUGAUUCGUUUUGCGCACUAGUUUAUAUGUCACAAAGAGUCGAAAGUUCACAUUGGUACUUUCAGUGUCACUUUUUCUGGAAUGCAAUCGGACUUUGGCCCUCUUCCUGAACACAAAAAUGAAUCGACAAGAUUUAAGGAAUUUUGAAGACGCGAUUACUAUUGUUUGCACAUUCACGUUAGAUCGAGUUAGAGAAAGAAAUCACCUAUUAGCGCAAAUGAUUUGGCAGAAUAAUUUCAGCGAAAAGAAAUCGUUUUUCUUUCGAUUCAAUCAAAAUUGUUAAAUUCUGAUCUCUUGCCCUUUUUUUUACCAUUUCAAAUGGGCAGACCGAUUUGACUUUUUAUACUCAAAGGAGGAUUUUCCCAGAAAACUGGCUACCUUGCAUCAGAAUUUGCCCUGUGGGUAGCAAGAUGCAUGUCCUGAGCAGAUAAACUGAAGUGGGACCUUGGAAGACCAAACAGCAUUUUGCCUACAGAGUGGAUAAUUGUCAUUUUUGCUUCAUGAUCAUUCCUUUUCGCAAGCAUUGGCACAGUUAGUAAAACUGUAAACGUCGCCCUUUUAGUGGCAAAUGGUAUGAUUCAAAGUUGAACGUCAACAAAAACUUAACUAAGUGAAGGAAUUUAUUUGAGAGCAAAAAAGAAUUUGUUUUACGAACCAUUUAACUCAGCUGUUGAUAUGGAAAUGACUUUUCAUUCCCAUGCAAAUAAAACUCAUUUUCACGAGAAAAGUUGCGCACUUGGCCUCAUUUUGAAAGUGGCGGUUUUUUAGAACUCGGUAGUGGCCUGUUUUGCCAAUUCUGGUACACGCCUCUAUAACAGACCCAUACAGUGGAAUUUAUAUCUUUACCGGGUUCCCGGAGAAAAUGUCACCAGGUUGGCUUAUUUUCCACUGUUUUAUUUUGGUAUUUGUGUAUCUCCCAUAAAAGCUAGAAGGGGUGGAAGGACUUAACAUCUUUACCGUUAUAAAACCUUUUGAAUACCUUUUAUAUAUCUCUCUAGUCUAGCGAGAACUAAUAUAACUGAUUUGUACUUUUAUGCAAGAUCGAUUACCCCGUACCCGGCGAUUUUUUUUGUCAAUGAUAAUAAUGUUUUACAUUUUUGCCUCUUUUAAAUAAAUAUGAAUAACGAAAUACACUGGUUUUGUAGAAGUCACAAGAGAAAGUGACUGGGGAAGCCAAAAAUUAGCCGGGUAGAAACAAGCUAUUCACCAGUUAUCGGGGAAGCUAAAUUAUAGACUGAGUUAGAGUGAUUUUACCUAACCAGUGAAAUGGGUUUUAGACUAAUACGAACUAUAACUCUCUUUAUGCUACUACAUGAGAAAUUUCUGCAAUUUGAUUGGCUGAGAGCAAUGGUAUUUCAGCUUAAUUUGAAAUACCUGCAUGUUAAAAUGAGAAACCUUUUGCCGGUAAUAGUAUAAACAAAUAAUAACAUGAUUUGUACGUGAUAUUUGGCAUAAAUGCCACUCGUGAUAUUUCAACAUUGUCUCAAAUUUCACUCCUCUAACGGCUCGUGAAAUUACGUAAAACAAUUACGAAAUAUCACUUGUGGUAUUUAAUCCAAAUAUCAUUACUAAUCAUGCUAUUACCUAUACAAAUUUACUGCUUUGUUUUGUUUACUUGUACCUAUUUGGCCCUAAUUGUUACAUAUUGUUUCAAGGUUUUCGUAAAAUCACUCUAAACCAGUGGGUAGGGUUUCACUGCGUCUGUUACAGAGGGGUGUUCUGGUAUAUAAACAUUUUCUUGGUAAAAGUAUGAAUAGUAUCUGCAGCUCAGGCUCUACUAAACAUCUUCACUAAACAUAAACGAAUUUUUCUGGAGUCGAAUUCUUAAUGGUUCGUAUACAAAUUCAGAAAAGGAAAGCUGUAAAGCUCGUCUCAUGUUUGAGACCUCCAUAAAACCUGAAAUUCUGAUGAAUUUUCACGUGGAAAUCGUGCAGUGACGACAUAGAAGUGUAUAAAACAGGUGAUGCAAGUGCAUGAUUGUUGUUUUGUUAGGGCCUGUUUACAUGGAGUGGGGGACCCCGGUCUAGUGGGGUUGGUUUCUUUUGUUUUCACGCUCUGGCGGACACAAAACAAAAGAAACCUACCCCACUAGACCAGGGUCCCCCACUCCAUGUAAACAGGGUCUAUAUCAAACCACAGGUGCACCACCCUGACACCCUCUUUAGUAUGGCCGUUGUUGUUUUUGAAAUCUUAGCAUAUCAAUCUUCUGCACUUCAUUUUUUAGUUGUUAUAGAAGUAAUACUGAUGAAAAUUUGCUCCUAAAUAGAGGCUUAAUUGUGAAGUUUUAAUUAAUAAAGGCUCAAACGAAAUGUUAUGUGUCAUGUCUUUCGCUGUCCCGAGCUGUUUAAUUCGCGACAUUUCGUUUAAAACUUUUAACCAGAACAAUAGACCUUAUUCACGAUUUCCGCCAUUUUUGCACGCGCUUUAGGAUUGAUGGGAUAAAGGCAAUGUCACGUGGCAGGCUUCAGGGGACAAACAAAAGAUAAAAUUUGCCAAUGCGAGAAAUCGCGGUCGAGUUUGUUUAUUCUCUCAAAACGAAACGGAGAUUUAAUGGUCAUGCAAAAUGUACGGUUUGAGUUUCGACAAAAUUGACGUCAUUAUUAUUUCUUUCUCUCGGUAUAUAGUUUUAGCCUAGCGUCCCCGCAGACGUCCUUUGAGGUUCGUUUGUCACGCAUUCAUUUCUGAAUGCGUGACAAACGAACCCCAAAGGACUUCUGCGGGGAGGCUAGUUUCAGCCCUGAGGAAGGCUAAGUUUGUUAGCUGAAAUAUUGGCCUAUAAUAAAUCAGCCCGUUCCCGUUGUGCCAGCCUUGCAUUCAGUUUUGUUUCAUUUUACACAUCAAGUGACGUCUGGCUACAGCAUGUUUUUAAUUAGAGAGCAGGCAAGAGGAACCAGUCAGUUUUAUAUACUCGUUGCGUGGACCUCUGCAUUCAAACAGUUUUUCUCAACGUCAUUAUUGCUUGCUGUUAGGUAGGCCUUUCCCGAUUGCGCUCGUAAAAUCCUAAAAAAGUGCUGGCAAAAAUGUCUAAAAAGUGCUCAGAAAGUGCUCAAAAUCUCAAAAUAGUGCUCAAAAAGUGCUAAAAGUUGUGAACAGUUACCUCUAAGCUUUUCGUAAAUAUGUCAAUUUUUACUGAAGUAAUAGAUUUAGAAAUUUGAGAUGGCACACGCAUGAUACAUCAGCCGAUCAGAAACUUCUGUUCUAAACCCUCAGUAAGGAUAAGUCCACGUGCCUUUCCAUGACAACGGUCUUUUAUUCUUGACAACAUCAUUAGGUAUUCAAAUUUAUGACCUGGAACACGUUUUUGCUUUAAAAUGUUUAAGAAAACCAGGAGCCCUCCAAGCGACAACACUCAUUUUUCGCGGAAAAAGCUUAUCUAAAAAUAAACUCACUUGUAAAAACGCAGUUACACGAAUUUAUUGCAGUUGCACGCUCCGGGUUAUGGGCUCCUGGAAAACAUAUGUUGCUCGAAAUUUUCUCAAAAUGUGGAAUAUUGCUCAAAUGUUGCCCAAAGUGCGAAAAAGUGCUAAAGGGUGCUCAAAAUGCAAAAUAGUGCUCCAAACUCAAGAAAGUGCUCAAAAGGUGCUCAGCGCAAUCGGGAAAGGCCUACUGUUAGGGCAUCUACGGUCGCUACUGCAUCCAAAAAAGUAAAAAUGAUCACUUCCACCCAUAAUUUGCCUUUAUCGCCUUUUAAAAAAAAGUUGUUCCUUUCCUGUUGUCAAGAAUAAAAAAACUCGACCGCAGACUGCGAGCAGUCUCUCUUUUGCUCGUGAAAGUGUUUGAGCAGCGAAGUCGUGCCAGUUGCGAGGGCGCGAGUUGCGAAGACGCGAAUACGAGUGCCCUCGCAACUCGCGCGACUUCGCUACUCAAUUACUCUCGAUCUCGCUUACAGAUUUUCGAGCAAAGCAGUCUAACUCGACCGCGAUUUUGCCCCUGAGAAACCACGUGACAUAGCUUUAUCCCAUCAGUUCUUAAGGGCGUGCAAAGAUAGCGGGCAUCGCGAUUAAGUUUAUUACGUUCAAAUCUGCAUUUAGGAGCAUACUGUAGCCGCAGUAGUGUUCAUCUGUAUUUCUUUUAUAAACCACAAACGAUCAACGCUCAGAUAUUGAUUUUGAUAAUAACAACGUCUGCACGAACAGAGGAUGGUCUGCCUGGUAUUAGACCCAUUGCUUUGUCGACGUUCUUUUUGCAUUGCGUAAGCUUCCAAUUUUUCACUAUGAGGGGAAGAGUUUGGUUCCGGUUACGUGUAAGCCACUCGAGUGGGACACAGAGGGUCAACUGCGUGUGAAUGCGUGCCGAUGGAGAGCAACUUAACACCUUCCUUUUUCGCUGAAUCGAGUAUACUGAUAAUCUCGUGGUGGAUACACGAAUAUACUUGCUUACAUCCCUCGAGCAACUUAUCACGUAGCAUAUAAUUAAGGUAACGUACCAUUGCUACGUUUAUCUUUUCAUUCCAAAGAUCAACUUUAAUGGAAAAUUAAAGGAAAAAGAAAUCUCUCCCGAAUAACCUCUUUGUAACUAAUGUUGCAAUUAGGUCUUGUGUUCGGGGAAAUUACCACUGCGUUACGUUCAAAGUGCAUUGCUUUGUUCUAACAUUUCGGAGAUUCUUGAAAUUAAAUCCACCCAAACCUGUUGUUUCAAUUUGGAUGUAUCUUACGACAUCUAUUAGAAAAUUUACGUCCGAGAUCAUUCCAUGAGAAGUUAUUUUGAUAGUUUCUCAUGAUCAGCUCUCAAACGUCACAAAAUCUUGUUUUUCUCAAUAAUAUGCAACACUGUCUACCCUGGCCCCAGAGGUUUUUCUUGAAAUUUUUCUUCGAAAAAGCAAGAGCGAGCCGCAUCAUUAUUUUUAGAAGCACGUUUCACGCUGAGAAGAAACAAACUCGGCUUCCUGAAUGCACAGGAAGUCACCCCAAAUCAGGUGAACGCGAAUCGGAACGUAUCUUAAAGCGACUUACUUUAGAGAAAAUGGUGCACCUCAAAACCUCCAGGCUAGAAAAAUAAGUCGCAUGAUAGCAAUGAGAAAUUAUAAAAUAUGUUGCCGAAGUUUUUUGCUGCUGAUUCAGAGCUUCGCCAUUCGUCUUGGCCUCAGUGUUUAGACCGAACAUGAAAGCCUCCGGAGUGAACCCUGCCCUUACCCCCUAAGGCAUCAAAUCUACUUACGUGGAAAAAGCGGGUUUCGGAAACUCUGCGGAUCGCGUCGGUUUUCGUCGAGGUCGAACCCCGAAAAAAAAAAUCUUCGCGCCUCAACAGCUCACGGCCGGCACAAUAAAUAUUCUUCCUCACUCACUUUCAGAUCGCUUUGCAACAAUCAGCCUUUUAUAUACAAUUUUGAAAAGUCGAAAGUUCAAACUGAUACUUUGUUUCUCAGUCGAGAACGCUGUCGGACUUUGUUACUGUUGCACGAAGAGAACAAUGGAAGGAGAAAACAGAAAGAAGUUCAGGAGCGUGCUUUUUGACAGUCUUUGAAGAUUAUGUUUAAUAUCCCCUUGAAUGAAUGAUGUCAAAAUGUUUCGCUUCGCCAAGCAAAACAGUUAAAUGAAUCAGCAAAUAUUUGCUGCCAACUAUUGUAAGGACGGGAAAGUUUCAAAAUAAUCCCUCUUGUUUUAUGAAAAAACUUAAACAGCCUUUUUUUCGAUAAUGUUUUUGCUAAUGACAAUGUUUAACUGAGAGGAUAUAGACAUGAUCUUCUAGAGCCACAUCCGGAUGAGCGUGAAUAAUGGUUAUUUUUGGAUGUACAUUGCAUGCAUCUUUUGGUCAGAACAAUUGCGAACAAGGUAAAAGCAACAUCUGGAAAAUACGUCUUUUCGCCAAUGGUGUACAAAAAACUUAAUUGGGGUAACGUGAAAUUCUUCCCAGACUACGGACGCCAUCAACAGUUAUGUGACUAGACGGAGGUCAAUUAUGUACAAAUAUACAUUUACCGACUAAUUUGAAGAGAUAGGAAAUAAAUAUGUCUAAUGUAACAAAAACGCAUUUGCCAUCAGACACAUUCAGACGCAAAAGAACUAAACAAAGAAAAAUAAUACAAUGGAACUCACCUCUUUAUUGCCUCUUUCCUUGAAAAUCCUUUUCUUGUGCAGCUGUACAAGCUUUGUCAUUCACAAGGCAACGCAACGAAAGAUACUACAAAGUAUCCACAUCAAAUUGUUCAGCAAGAUAAUAACACCCUCUCAAGGUAUCUGUACUUUUGUAGUGAAAGGAUAGAAUAGCUAAUAUCAUAUAUGGUCCCUUUCGUGUGUCAUGCCGUAGUAGCGCGAGUUGGGUGAGAGUCACGAGUUCGACCAAUAAGGUGCUUAUUCGAUAUCUCGUGUACGUCCUUUCAGCUCAUUUUCCGGAUUUUCUUGGUUCAAAGGAACCGCAGGUUUUAAAUAUUAACCUGUUUUCGACAAAUGUUAACUUUUACUUCUAAUAUUUGGCUUGUUUUUGGUAAAUGCCAGGGCUAAAAAUUUUCAUUUUCCUUAGACAUCUCUUUGGAGUUCUUUAAAAAGAACAAACGACAAACUGUCACGUGAACUCAAUUCUAAAACCGAAUGGAGCGGCAGACGCUAGAAAAAUAAACCAAACCCUGUAGUCAGGGAAGAAAAAAGAGAAACAAAACAAAACAAACAAACAAAGGUGAGAUCAUUUUUUCUGAAAAAAAAUAUUAAGUUGAGAACUCAAAUCGAUCCGAACAAUCAGCUACAAUUCGGCAUUAUUACGUGUCAUGAUCACAUCGCUGAAAAUUCAUUCAUUCAUUCAUUCAUUCGCCGCACGUCUGAUCCACCAUUUACAAUUUUGUGAAAAUAAAGAGAAAUGAUUGUUCUUGUUUAAAUAUAUCAGUGUAAGAUAGAGAAUAUAAAUUCCCCAACUGGUAUAACGAGGUGCUUAUUGGAAAACAUUACCCAGCUGCUUUCAUUUGGGAUUAAAAUUGAGGUUCCAUGACUUUUCUGAGUGCUGAGGGUAAGAAAACGUGUUAGAGCUCUUUUGCUUUUUUACCUGAAAGUCUUUGCCCAUCCUCAGGGCUCAAACCUCGAAAUUAGAAUAUGGCUAAAGAUAUUACUGUCAGUAAGAAAUGUUGAAUAGCUUUCAUUUGAAGUCGGCUCUAGAAGUAGAGCAGAAUAUAUAGCCGACCAAAGGUCCACAGAAAAGCAUCCGCUAGCCAAAUUUAAGAAGGUUAUACACCUGCAUGACGAAAUUUUACCCGAGCUCCACGUAAGUGUCACAAGCCUUCAAUAAAAGCUUGUGAAACCAAACCUAAAGUGGUGGGAUCCUUCUAGACGUAAACACUCUAUGCUCAGGCAGUUUAAUUUCGUACGCGUGAAUCGGGAGUUCGAUGCGACGAACGGCUGAUGCGUUGUAACUUUGACGGAGAUUUCAUCAUCAUUUCGAUGACGAAAUAAAGUAAGCGAAAAUAAAAAAGGUAUGGCCUACAGUGACUAUUUUCUUAUUUCUGUAGUUAGUGUGUUUACCUCUUUUGCUGUAACCAGAAAUAAAACGUGCACUUAAAAGCACUUGACACUUGUUUUUAUAUAACACGCAGGUUUGAACACGAAUGAAACGUUGCGACUUUAUCCCUAGCUCUCACCUCUCCCCCGGCGCAUGUGGUGACAAAGGGGGGCGAUUCAGCGAUUUGCGCCUAGUAUAGAUGAACGAUGUUUGUAAGACGAGAAAUUCUUGCAUUUUCGCCGUUUCUUUUCAUUCCUUUUUCAGUGACGCAAACAUUGAUGUGCGAGCUUCCAGUGGGAUGAGAGAAAUGGUGGGCUAGUGAACCAUACCCGGAAGAUAGUUUCACAAUGCCAUACCCGUUAGUAUGGAGAGUCACACAUCUCAUUGACCUUUUUUAUGGGCGAGAAUCCAUCUGGAUCUACGCCUAUAUCGGGCUCCUCCUUUCUCGAGUAAAACUGUGGACGGUUAUACAUGAGUUUAUGUUUAGAACCCGUCGCAGUACUACAGCAAGCCGAGUGUCGUGAGGGGUAAAAACUAUGUAUGGUACAUGUCUUGGCAUAUAUUAUUGUGAGAUUUGUCGUGAAUAAUUUGAAUGAAAGAAUUCUUAAUCCUAAAAUACUCCUCUUUUCAAAAAAAUGCAUACAGACGUGUUGUUUCAGUUUGUGAAAGAUUAAUGAUGGCGGGGACGCGGAGGUCGAUUGUGACAAGGCAUAAAUGGAAUGCAUUUUGACCGCUCCGAAAAAGUUAUGUUCUGAAACUUUGGGUGGAUAAAAAUUUGUUUUAUUUCUUUACUUUUUCUGUUUUCAUGGUUAUGACUAACCUUUCCAAUAUGCCAUUGGAAAGGUGACAAGGACGUGAUAAUAAUAUAUUUUUGGUGCUAUUUUAAAGAAAAUCUUCUUAGCGCUCAAGAUUUUUUGCUGAGUUGCUAAAGUAACCAAACAAAUAAAUUCAUCUAGAUUUUAAAGCUGAGUAAUUUGACAAAAAUCACUUUGUCUUAUUUUUACCCAACUUCUGUUCACGUGGAAAACUCGUGCCACUUAAAAAAAAAAACGCGCAAUGAACACGACGAUCACCAAAGUGAAAAAAACAAAGCCCCAUCUAGUUUUAAUUGGAACACAUUCAACAUUUUCCACGAAAAUACUUGCACUCGAUUUGUAGAAACACGUAUUUACAUUAGCUCCUUGGUUUCUUAGCAACAGGCUAACAGCUUGCACGCAGGCUGCGUCAAAAGUAGGAGCACGUGCAGGUCAUGGGGCUUUUAAGAGAAGCUAACUGACACGCCACGCCAAUUGUUAAGGGGGCUACGUAACCCUGUUUUCUAUGAUUUAAAACGCCAAAACUUUUUCGUAAAAUAAUGGUCCAGUUUUGUUAUUUUCCUGUUGCAACGAAUGACAAGGAUGGACAUACCCUUCGAGCAGAGGCCAUUGUCCUCGCAGGGUAGGAUUUACACGGGUUGGAACUUGAAAAAGUUGGGUCAACUUAUAUUUUCAAGUUUUAAUACUAUGCCUUUUAAAGUUAACCAAAGAAUAAGAUGGCUAGCGCUCCCUGAUGCAAUUUGUUCGAUAUCUUUUUCGUAACUUUCAACAGGAGCUUUUUGCGCAUGAUUUCCGCUCAGAAUGGACCUAAAACAGUAAUAUCCCCUGGACAUAUAGCCCCACGAUGUUAUUGUAUUAAAUCACAACAAGUUUGCGUAAAUAUUAUGUCAAUUUUUUUAAAAGGAUCAAUUUUCUGUGUUGAAGCAAACAUUGCUGUAGAAAAUGCAGCGCAAGAAGGAGAAAACCUAAUGAAGUAA